AUGCUCUCUGUUGUCCCCGUUGCUGUUUCUCUCUUGUCGCUUGCUGCUCUCGGUGGUGCCCAGACGUUCCAGCGUCUUGGCACUUGCCCCAGCUUGGGAUGCAUUUUCCCUCCUGACCAGACGGACUUCCUUCCUGGUGCUUUCUUCGACAUCCGGGCUGAGAUCCAUGCCCCGGUCAACGGUUCCGAGGCUAACGGCGGUGUUCCGGACACUGCGUUCGGCUUCACCCUGGAGAAGGUUGGCUCCGAUGCAAAGCCGAUCUCCGCUUUCUUCAACGUGAAUGAGCCCAAUAUGGAGAGCUGGAACUUCACCUGGUUCGAAGACCUCUUCGCCAAGGAUGCGAACACUCCUUCCCUCGUCCGCGUCGCGUCCAAGGCAUGGCGCAAGGUCUCCCUCAACGAGCCUGGUGACUACGUCGCGACUCUUGCCUAUUACAAUGGCAGCAAGACCGUUGCCAACUGGCACGUUCGUGACCAGUCCCCUGCCCGUAAGGCCAAGAACAUCCUCCUGUUCAUCGGUGACGGCAUGACUACCAACAUGAUCACCGCCGCUCGUUUGAUGGCGCACAAGUCCAUCAACGGCAAGUACCAGUCCCUGAUGGCGAUGGACAAGUUCCCCGUCGUGGGCCAUCAGAUGACCCACUCGAUCGACUCCUUCAUCACCGACUCUGCCAACAGCGCGACCGCCCUCUACACCGGUCACAAGUCUACAGUCAAUGCUCUCGGCGUAUAUGCAGAUUCUUCCAAGACUCCCUACGACGACCCCAAGGUCGAGACGAUUGCCGAGAUUUUCCGCCGCAAGAUGGACGGUGGUGUCGGUAUCGUUUCCACUGCCUUCAUCGCUGACGCGACCCCUGCUGCUCUGACGUCCCACACCCGUGACCGCAACCAGUACGGCCCCGUCAUCGACGCAUAUCUUAACGGCAUAGUCAAUUACACCUGGACAAAUUGGUCCGGGCCCGAUGUCCUCUUCGGUGGUGGAGCUGAGCAGUUCUAUCCCGGCCCCGGCUCCUUCCAGGGCAAGGACUACUACUUGGAAUUCGAGAAGAAGGGUUACCAAGUCAUCUGGAACAAGACUGCCAUGCAGGCCGCCUCCAAUGACACCAAGACGCUCGGUAUCUUCUCCGUCAACAACAUGGCCAAGUGGCUCGACCGCAAUGUCUACACCGAGAACCUGAAGAACCAAAAGAACUCUCCUGAUGGAAAGGGGACCGAUGCCCUCGACCAGCCUGGUCUGAAGGAGAUGACCGUGAAGGCGAUGGAGAUCCUCCAGGCUCGCAGCGGUGAUAAGGGUUGGUUCAUGAUGUCCGAGGCUGCUUCGAUCGACAAGCAGAUGCACACCCUCGACUACGACCGUGCCCUGGGUGAACUGCUCGAGCUCGACGACACUAUCCGUGCUUCGAUCGAGUACCUCAGGGAGACCGGAGAGCUCGAGUGCACUCAGAUCCUCGUCACCGCCGACCACGGGCACGGAUUCGAUGUGUUCGGCUCUGUCGACACCAAGUACAUGAACGCCGCCUCCACCGACAGGCAGAAGCGUGGCUCGAUCGGCACCUACCAGAACUCUGGUCUCUCCCAGUACACCUUCGGCGGCAACCUCACCUACUCCGAGGGCGUUUACUUCCCUGCUCGCUGGGACCCGCGCUACACCCUUGCUGAGGGUCUCGGUGCCCAUCCGGAUGAGCGCGAGAACUUCGAGGUCGUCAAGCCUGGCCCUCGUCUUCCCGCAGUCAACAUCUCCGCCGAGCACCCUACCGACUUCUACGUCAAUGCCAAGGAGACCCAGACCGGGUUCAUCGUUAACGGCACCCUGCCGGUGAACAACGAUCAAGGUGUGCACUCCCUUACCGACGUUCCUGUGUACGCCAUGGGGCCUUGCCAAGAAGUGUUCGGGGGAACUUAUGGCAAUAUCGAUAUUUUCUACGGCAUGGCUAACUGCCUUGGCCUUGGCACCCCUUCUACAUGCUAG